CUUUAGCGCAGGUGGAUAAAAGCAGUUGUUGGGAUAAGUUCCGGUAAAGCAAUGAUAAUUGUUGCACAAUUUAUUCGAACUAAUUGGUUUCUCUGUGGCAUCUUGAUUGUGAUUUGUUUUGCAAGCAUUGCGCCAAGUAUUGGAGCUAGAGGAGGAAUCCUGAGACCAGAAAUAACAGUCAAGUUUUUCGCUGUAGCCAUCAUAUUUUUUAACAGUGGAAUUUCACUUCGAAGUGAGGAUCUAAGGAGAGCUCUGGUGCAGUUCAAAGUGCACUUCUUUAUACAAGGAUGGACAUUCAUUGUCUUUCCCUCACUGAUAUAUCUUCUUGUAUCAUUGAUGAAUGAUGGGCCAUUUGACAAACUCCUCCUACAAGGACUGUUGGUAUUGGGAUGCAUGCCUCCUCCAGUGUCAUCAGCCGUCAUAUUAACAAAAACAGUGUCUGGGAAUGAGGCUGCAGCAAUAUUUAACUCUGCUGUGGGAAGCUUUUUGGGAAUAUUCAUCACACCAUCCUUGAUAUUGUUGAUUGUCGGGUCAGCGGUGGAUGUCCCGGUGACCUCCAUCUUCCUACAGCUGUCCCUGACCGUGGUUCUACCCCUCUGUCUGGGUCAGGCCAUUAGGAGACGACACAGAAUGUGGCUAGAGAGAAACCCUAUUCCAUUUGGGACCAUAGGCAGUGCCAUUCUGUUACUGAUCAUCUACACAACGUUCUGUGAUACCUUCCUACAGACCGACACACACCUGGACUUUCUCAGCUUGAUCUCCAUUGUCUUCCUGAUUGUCAUUCUGCAGUGUGCAUUACUGGGAUUGAUUUUCUUCAUCACAACACAGCCCUGGCUGGACUUUCAUCCAACAGAUACCACCGCCAUGAUGUUCUGCAGCUCUCAUAAAUCACUAACUCUAGGCAUACCCAUUAUAAAGAUUGUGUUCAGUGGUGACCCAGGUCUCUCUGUUAUAACUGUCCCUCUGCUGGUGUACCACCCCACACAGAUCCUGCUGGGAGGGAUCAUGGUCCCCCUACUGAAGGAGUGGAUGUACUCUGUGGGUAGAAAUAGGUAUACUAUGGCCAAGCACGUGUAGGAUAAAAAACCCAAGGGAGAGCUGUGCUUUUCCUGCAGUACUAAGACAUUUUUCUUUUACCUCAAUCUGCAAUAAAUAUACACUGUUAUUUAUUUUGCUAUCAAAUAUUUCUUACAGUUGUUGAAUAUUUGUUAUAUUUAUAAUAAAAUACAAGCAAGCUACAGUAAAAUUUGUAUUUAUUUUGC